AUGAAAAUCGAGCGUGAUCCCACGGUCGAGGCUUUGAUUCAUGAUGGCCGCCAAGCGUACGCGGCGAAGCGCUUCAAGCAGGCGCUCGAAUGCUUCACACGCUUCGAGAAAAUAGCUGCGGACAACCGUAGCGUUUUUCACGAGGCCAUUGGUGCCUGCCAUUGCUCCGUUGGAAAGGAGUUUGGGACCUGUGACAACAGCCUGCACAUCCAAGCGCUCGACCACCGCGCCGCCAGCUUUGAGGCUCUCAAGGAGCUCGGCCGUGCAAAGAAGGAUGCGGAAUGGAUCCUGGAACUUGCUCCCCGUGCGCUCGAUGGCUACCUACGCUUGGGGAAGGUUGCCGGUCUACAGAAGAAUUACGAGUUUGCCUGGAAGGUGUACAACUCCGGACUCGAAGCAGCUGCAUCCACAGAUACUCUGGCCAGUCACCCAAAGCUUCAGAAGCUGCAUAUGCUGCGCAGGCCGUACCACCACAAGUUCUUCAAGCAGGACCCUCUGCAGCUUCCUCUCGACAUUGUGCACAUCAUACUGUCUUUUAUCAGCUACCGGGAUCUCAUCAUGUGUACAUGCGUCUGCUGGCCCUGGAGGAAGUCUCUGACGAGCCCGGAGAAUCGUCCACUCUGGCGUACUAUGGAAUUGGCCGGCAAGGCAGCCAAAGGAUGGCGCAGCCCAACACAACAAGCCAUUCUCAAGUAUCUUGCCAAUUCAGGCCACGACAUACGGCGGUUGACGUUAGCCAACAUGAAGAAGUACUACAUCAACAACGCCAAGCUACAUACUAUCUUCCGUGCCGCCCGGAACCUCGAGUACCUCGACAUGCGGGAGCAGAUGGAGACGAUCAAGUGCCCAUCACAAGUAUGGCCUAAGAGAAUUGCUCACCUCCGCUUGAUCGAUAUCGACUUCGAGCCUGAGUUCAUUGAUGCUGUUGCAGGCAGCGUGGUCAACCUCGAUUUGCAAUCGUCAGUCGUUCGCCCAUUUUCACUGUUUCGCCAGCAUCCGCAGACACUCGAAUGGAGCAAUCUGCGGUACCUACGGAUGUCCAGUGCCUACACAUUUAGUCUCUUGAUAGAUCUGCCUCCAUUGAUGCCCAACUUGGAGCAAUUAUGGGUCAAUGACGUGGGUGGUCGAGGCCGCAGCUCGGACGAUUCCGCCAUGGGCUUCGACUUGGAGCAACGCCCAGACAUAAAAGCCAGAUGGGCUGGCAAACUGAAGGUCUUCGUGUACGGCGAAUCAGAGCUACGCGACAUCCAUCCGGAGUCUCUCGUCCAUACCUUGAGCGUCAACAAUGGAGACACAUUGCAACACGUCGACAUCACAGCCGGGUGGUACGACCCUCCUGGCUUAAGCUUCAUGGGCGAAGCCUUCAGUGAUCAGGAGAUCAUGGACCUGUGCGAGGACCGGUCUGUCAUGCCCAGGCCCAGAGAUCUCAACACAUAUGCCAAUCUCCGCAGCUUACGACUGCAGCGAGUGCGACUUGAUGGCGAGGGGGCCCGGCGAAUGUUGCAGAAGCCCCUGAAUGGUGGGAAGCUGAGCCACUUUGACAUUGUCUUCCCUUCACUCGGCUAUACAGAGGCUGAAGGACCAGAAAGCGUCCAACGUCUCCGCGAUUUUGCAUGGCUGCAGGGCGCAGAGUCCAUCCGCAGCCUGGGGGUGUUUGAAUUCCGCUUCAGGCGACAUCCACGUAAUGACGACGACCUGCCCCUGAAAGGGUUCCUGGCCACCUUUCCACAUCUCGAGGAGCUAGAGGCUUCCUCUGUUUACUACGAUGAGCAAGAGUUCUGUAUGGUGCUGGGAGACAUCAUACUGGCGACCAAGCUGAAGAGGAUCUACCAGAGCGUGGUCAAGGGGGCAUGGUUGGACAGGUUACGAGUCGCGGCGGCUCAGAACGGGGUCGAGAUCAUGUUUGGUCCACGGCCGAGGGAAUGGCCGGUGCAGGUGCUCUAG